CACAUUCUCAUUUAUUUUGAAGAGCUAUGAUCACCAUCAGUGAUGGAUUUUAUGACUACUUAGUGAACGUACCUUUACUUAACCGACUUCAUUGGCCUUUUACUUGGCAGCUUUUUAUCACCAAUCUUUUCAACGGCAAGUACCUUAGCGACAAUGGUAACGCGUGUGAGUUUCUCAGUAUUCUACUCUCAAGUCUGAAUAUCUUUAAACAGUGUUAUCGUCAUGUGGAUCCUUUUUCGGUGGCUCUUGUGUUUAUGGGUGUGGUUGCUACUAUUCAUUAUUUUGUCAGCAUUGUUACAAACAACUACAGUCAAGUGGAUAAAUCUUGGUCCAUCUUACCUUCUAUUUAUGCAUGGCACUUUUUUUACAACGACUAUUUGAAUCGAGGGACUAUUCAUCCAAGACUUCUGCUUGGUGCUAUUCUUAUUACUCUUUGGGGUUUUCGCUUGACAUUGAACUUUGCAAGGAAAGGAGGAUAUGAAUGGAAAGGUCAAGACUAUCGAUAUCCUUAUAUCAAAAGCAAGAUAGGACCUAUAGCAAUGGGAUUAUUGAAUAUCACGGUGAUCGCUCCAUUCCAAGAUACCUUAUUAUUAUUUAUGGUCUCACCUCUCUAUCUAACCAACCUCACCUAUCAACCAGAUACAAAUGCAUCUUUAACCGUUUUGGAUUUGGUAGCUACAGGAUUAUUCACCUUAUUCUUGGGAAUAGAGAUGAUAGCAGAUGAACAACAAUACGUGUUUCAAACGGAAAAGUACUGUUUAUUCAAACAUAUGAAAGGCAAGCAAUUGGUGGGUGACUAUCAUCGUGGGUUCUUGACGCAAGGAUUAUUCAAAUAUAGUCGACAUCCCAAUUUUUUUGCUGAAAUGGGUAUUUGGUGGUCUAUCUACUUGUUCUCCGUCAGUGCUUCAACAGAUGUACUGAAGACAAUACCAGAGCAAGUUAGUUGGUUGGAUCCUUGGACUUGGAUCAAUUGGACAAUUGUUGGCCCUCUGACUCUGACAUUAUUAUUCCAAGGCAGUACGUGGUUAACCGAACGUAUCUCGUCUGAAAAAUACCCUGAAUACAAGAUUUAUCAACAAAAAGUCAAUCGAUUCUUUCCCUGGCGCUCAUCAUGGAAAACUUUAUCAUCAACAAAACACGAUUAGCUUGAUUAUUUUUUUUUUUGUUUGUUUGUUUUACUCGAUUACUUCAACUCAAACACCAAUAAAGCAUGUCUUACCUUUUUUUUGGAUAUGAUAUGGAACCUGUGCAAGAAUGGAAAAUUUGGAUUCUUUUCUUCUUUUCUUUUUUCUUUAUAUAGUGCAUCCCACCGACAAUCAAUCAUCAAUAUGGACAACAAAGGUUAUCAAGACCAAUAUGCUUCAAAUCAAGGUGGAGGUGGAUAUGAUUUGGGAAGCGGUGGUGUCAGUAGUGGAUACAGUCAAGGUGGCGGAUACAAUCAAGGUGGCGGAUACAAUCAAGGUGGCGGAUACAAUCAAGGUGGCGGAUACGGUCAAG